UGGAUCAAAAUUAUAUCAUUGCAGUGUAAAUUGUGUAUUUAUUUGUUAUUUGCUUAACUUAAACGCGUAAGUCUACAAAUUAUAGCAAUUAAAACUAGCAAAAUACAGUUUAAUAUGACAUAUGAUAUUAUCAUAUGACUACAUUACGCGUUAUUAUAAACAUAAACCAACAUUACCGUCGUUGCAUAAUUAUUGUGUCAAAACUGCAAAAACGUUUUGUGUUCAAUUAUUGUAGUAGGUGCCCAUCUGAGAGACAUAGAUAUAAAUUUCAAACAUGCACAAGGAAUUUUCAAUUGACAUGAGAAUCUAGGAGAAAUGAGUUCCUAUCCAGAAGGGCUACAAAUAAUUCUUUAUGCGCUAUUAAUAGCUGCAGCAUUUUUUCUUUUAAGAGCGGUCUACUACCUCUGUAGUUCUGACCUCUGUGGUUCUGGAACACAAGGUUCUACUCGUAGUACACGAAAGAAGCAGCGGUAUCGAUCAAAUUAUACACCAAACAACGUUCGAUACUAUAGGAGUAACAACGAUCAUUAUUAUAAUGAUCGUUGCGAUGUUGAAAGUGGUUUUCUCAAUCACAAUCACCCUUAUAGAGGAACAACUACUGACGUUUUUAACACCAGAAGCUUUGACCUAAAUGAACCAAUCUUGACCGACAACAACGAACCGGUGUAUUCUGAAAGCAAUACUCAUGUUGACUCGGGUAUAGCUGCAGGCUUAUCUGCUGCUAUUGCAGAGUCAAUGUCAUUUUUUUCUGCAGGAGAUGAUACAGGUACGACAGACAAUACCGGUGGUGAUUAUGAUUCAGGCGGUGGUGAUUACGAUUCAGGCGGUGGUGAUUACGAUUCAGGCGGUGGUGAUUACGAUUCAGGCGGUGGCAAUUACGAUUCAGGCGGUGGUGAUUACGAUUCAGGCGGUGGUGUGGUCGAUUCAGGUGGUGGUGAUGAUAAGUCAGACGAUUUUGUGGUCGAGUCGGCCAGUGAUGCAGUCGAUACAGGUGGCGAUACGUGUGAAGUUGGCGGUGACGCGGGCGACGACAAUGGGGGGGACUUUGACUAAAAUAAAAAGUGUAACUUUACAACAGUGUAAACACAUGACUUACAGUUGAAUCCAUGAUUCGUUACCCAUGCGUCAUCAUUUAAAGCAUACGAAAUAAAUCGAAAAGUUAUUUCAUGUAAAAGCAAGUGACAGAAAGCGGCUACUGCUCCGAUCACGGAUUAUAUUAUAAAAUUUGACAUUUUUAAAUAAAUAGAAUGUAAAAUGUUAGCUUUGCUUUAAAAUUUUGGUGCAGAAUUACAGCUACAUUUGCAGUAGCUUAAUAAAUUCUUUUAAUAUCAUUAGUGAUAGAUAUUAAGGAUUUGUUAUAAUAUAAAUACUUGACAAUAAAAUAUUUUCUUUUUGUUAUUUAUUAACUUUCGCGAAAACUUAAACAACAGCAUUCCUUAACUGUGAAUGAGGUUAACUUUCCAUGUAAAUUAAUGGCAAAAUAAAAUACACUUACCAUAAAAUUUCAAACUACAAUAUAAAAUUAGUUGUGAAAACAAAUGUUCGUAUAAGUAUAAUUAACUUCUAAAUAAAAAAACACGACAAAAAACAGCAAAAAUCCAACAAACUGACAGUGACAAGUAAGUAAACAAACAAGAAACGUCACAAAUUGUACUUAAAAUCUGAAAACGUCCCGAAGUUUUUUUUUGUACCUAUCUCUUUUCGAUGUACUGAUUCUAGAGCGUUCAUAAAAAUAACAUGUGUCUUUACUUAAUAACAGGCGGUAGCUGGUUUGUGCUUAGUUGCAUGCGUGAAAGACAGGUAUUAAUGACGCACAGGUAGAGCCCUGGACUCAACUGUACAAAUAAUUGAUGCAGAAUGAAGUACAAUUUCACGCCUUAUAAACAAUACUCUAUAUUUCAGAUGUAAACGUACCUUAAAAUCGAUAUUUAUUUGAAAUUAACAGUAAUUUUAUAUAUUUUUCAAAUAUGUAACUUAAUUUUAAACAGAAGGUAAACAAGAACUACUCAAGUUUUUCCAUUAAAUGGAUCAAUAUUAUCUGUUUGAGAUUCUAUUACCAUUGAGAUUCUAUUACCAAAUGUCUUGGCGAUCGGAUCAAACAUCAAAAAUAAUACCUUAAACUGUACAAGCUAAUAAUAAAAGAUAUUACCAGUGGGUUAACUCCUUUUUUGACAAGAGCUUGUCUUGACUUUUCUAAUUUUUGUUAGUCGCUGUCACUAUUUUCUACUAAUACUACAUCAUCAGCUUACUUUAAGCAGUAGGGAAUCCAGAUUUGACCAUACGGCUCACACUCCUUCUGAGGGGAAAAUUGACUCAUCCCAGAUACCUAGUGUAUCAAAAGGAUUGAGCUUGCUCUGUUAUAAAACAUAUUACCAAUGGGUUAAAUCCUUUUUUCUCAAGAGCUUGUCUUGACUGUUCCAGUUUUUGUUCGUCGCUUUCACUAUUUCCUACUAAUACUACAAGCUUACUUUAAGCAUCAGGGAAUCCAGAUUUAGACAUACGUCUCACACUCCCUCUGAGGGGAAAAUUUACUCAUCCCAGAUACCUAGGGUAUCAAAAGGAUUGAACUCUGAUACUUGGGCAAGAUUUAAUAAACUAGGUGCUCGA